GGGAAAAGUGAAAGGACACAAAGAAGAAAACAACAGAAAUUUUUUAAUACCAUCAGUAGUUCAAUCAGGAAAUCGUCAUACCUGAAGCCAAAUUUUUUACCAAUAGAGAAUAAUGAUGAAUCCCUUAGCGAAAAACUUCAAGAACCACUAUAUCCGGGUUGUCGUACAACACUGCUUGACUCCUUGUUUAGACACUUUAUCAACUUUAGCGCAAACAAUGGAAUGUCAAAAACAGCACUAAGCAUGUGCCUUAAAAAUGAGAAGACAGUGUUGCCAACUCCCAACUGCCUCCCAGAAUCAUACAAAGAUGCAUAUCAGCUGAUUAAACCAAUGAUUAUUGAAACAAGAAGAUAUGAUGCAUGUGUAAAUGACUGCUUGCUUUUCUGUAAAACAAAUGACAAUGACUAUUCAUUAGACAGAGAGUGUAUGAAAUGUGGUGAGACACGAUAUAAAGCAGAGUCCUUAAGUGCACGCAAAACUUUCACAUAUAUGCCUAUUGGACCAAGACUUUCAAGGAUUUUUGGUAGUGACAAUAUAUGCAAGAUUCUGUAUUCGAGACAAGAUCUAUGCAAUGGAAAGCUAACAGACAUUGUUGACGGAAAGAUAUACAAAUCUUGGUAUAAAGAUGGAGGUGUUUUUCAGAACAUGGAGGAAAGUUGUACGGUUCCUUUGGCACUUUUUUGUGAUGGGCUUAAUCCACACAAAAGUAUGGCAACUCAAAAAUCAAUGUGGCCAUUAAUCCUCACCUGGCUCAAUUUGCCUGUAAAUAUCAGAAAUAUUUUAGGACCAAUGAUGUUAGUUGGCAUUGUACCUGGUACAAAGACAGAAGAGCCAAAAAACCUAGAUCCAUACUUGGACCUUUUAGUGGAUGAAUUGCUAGAACUGUCAGAUUGCACAAUGUUUAAUGCCUACAGAGGAGCCCCUACAUCAGUCCGAAUAGCACUCCUGCAUUACAUGUGUGAUAUUCCCGCAUUCAGCAAGAUUUUGCAUGUUUCAAGCCAGGCUGCACUCCGUGGUUGUCCUUAUUGUAAAGAAGAAGGAUUCUAUUGUAAAUCAUUACACAAAGUUGUUCACAUCAAUAAUAGAGCUUACCUACCAGAAAAUCAUCCCUUGAGAGGGGAAAAGAAUGACUUUGCUAUCAAAGGUGAGGACAGAACAAUGAAACCAGAGUCGUAUACAAAAGAAGAAGAAUUAGAAAUCAGAAACAAUUAUGAUGAGCUUCCAAAUCAAAAUAGAAAAUCUCUUCUACAGAAAAAAACAGGACUUAAAGGAAAAUAUAGUUUCAUGAGACUGCCUUAUCAUAACCGUCAAGAACAAAUGCAGCCUGAUGGCAUGCACACCAUUGCAGAUGUAAUUGGCAAUCCCUUUGGCCUCAUAACUGGAAAAGAUGAUGGGAAAAAGGUACGAAAUGGAGAAGAAGAGUUUCAUCGAUUUAAGGAUUCAUGGAACAGCAGUACCAGUAACAGUGUUGAGGAAACAGACGCAGGAAGCAAGAAAAGAAAAUCAAAUACAGAAAACGGGAAAAAAACUAAAAAAGCUAGAGUAGAAUCAAAGACAGCAGAAAAUGAUGAUCUACCCCCAGCUCCAUGGAGACUUGAUAGAUCCAGUGUUAAAAUUGCUGAUCAAAGAGCCAUGUCAUUGGUGUAUUCAACAGGAUAUGACUACCACCCAGACCAGCAUUUGUCAAAGCCAUGGACACUGAGGACUAUGCAUGGAAAACAUCAGUUUGUAACCAGUGGAGCUGCACUUUGGUGUCUACGAGGACUAUUGCCCACUAAACAAGAGACAACAUUAGGGAAGCUUUUUAAUGUGAUUGAGUUGCUGACCAGUGAAUCUUAUCAUGAAAACGAAUUGGAAUACAUUAUUGAAUCUACAAGUGAAGCUGUUUCAUUGGUGGAAAGAGAUUUCCCUAUUGCAUUACAGACUAUUACAACACAUCUACUUCAUCAUAUACCAGAAGGAUUUGCAAAUUUUGGUCCUCUUUAUGGGAGGUGGUUGUUUCCAUUUGAAAGAGUAAACAGUUGGAUAACCCGUCAAGCUUUAAAUAAAAACAAGAUUGAAGCAACAAUCAUGGAGACUUAUGCUAUUUACGAUUGGUGUGUCUACAUGAUAAUGUCUGGAAAGGUCAAACAAGAUGAUAUUGACAUUGGUAAACUAGAGAGACUUCUUUUAGAAGAUGAAAAAGAUGACAGUUGUAGUACAAAUGAGAAAAAAUUCUCUAUUGAUGAUAACAUUUUGAGGGAAAUGGCCAAUAUUUAUGACUUUUGUUUGAUUUCAAGAAUGAGAAAGGAAGGCAACGAACUUGCUUCAUGCACAAGAUCCUAUGGAAACACUGGCAGGAAAAUCAAAUUUUCACCUUAUUCUAAUAACAAAUCUUCAAAUUCAUACGUGUAUGCUGUAGAUCAACAGCCAACUGAUUCAUUUCUUGACAGUAUGAUAUUUGGUUCAAUUUGUAAGAUUUUUGAGCAUGUUUGGAGAGGACAAACAUACACCUGGGUUUUACUGGAUAUACUUGAUGAUGUUAGAUAUGAAGAUGGAUUCUGGAGUGUGUUAGAGAGUAAAACCUCACAGAAAGCUGUUAUGUUGAAAGAUGUCAGUGCUCCUCAGAUUGUUGGGAGAGAAAAUGAUCGACUUCAUUAUGUCAGUACAUGUAUCUAG